UUUCUAAUCCAGAUAUAUAAUAAGGUUUUACUUUCCAGGCAUAUUUCUGCAAUUGUGACCACAUACGAUGAUCCAGUUCAUGAAAUUUAGUCGUGCCUUCAUGGGCUUACAAACUCUCCGACCUCAUGUAGUAGGAAGGUACAAUCUUCGCAACAAGUCAACCCUCAUAGCUGUGAGCCGUGAGGUGGAAUUGGCAUUGUCAGCUCAAGAACCUGUUGUGGCAUUAGAGUCUACCAUCAUCACCCAUGGCAUGCCUUAUCCUCAGAAUUUGGAAACAGCUGUAGAAGUUGAACAAAUUAUUAGGAAAGAGGGUGCAGUUCCAGCAACUAUAGCUAUUUUACGUGGACAAGUUCAUGUGGGUUUGUCUGCAGCUGAGUUGGAGAUCCUUGCUGAGAAGAAGGAGCCUUGUGUUAAGACAUCAAGAAGAGAUUUCCCCUUCGUGUUGGCAAAGGGUCUAAAUGGAGGCACAACAGUAUCAGGAACGAUGCUUGUUGCACACCAUGCAGGAAUUCCAGUCUUUGUGACUGGUGGCAUAGGGGGUGUUCACAGAGGAGCUGAGAACACGCUAGACAUUUCAGCAGACUUAACAGAACUUGGUCGCACUCCUGUUGCAGUUGUUUCAGCUGGAGUGAAGAGCAUUCUAGAUGUAGAAAAGACUUUGGAGUAUCUAGAGACACAGGGUGUCUGUGUGUCAGUGUUAGGAAGUGAUAACCAAUUCCCUGAUUUCUUCACUCGAGACAGUGGAUGCAAAGCCCCAUGUCAUGUUGAAACUCCUCUCAUGGCAGCUCACAUGAUGAAUAAGUGGCAGGAGAUGAAGAUAAACUCAGGAAUGCUGAUUGCUGUGCCCAUACCAGAGGAACACCAGGCUGAGGGGAAACUCAUUAAAGAAGCAAUUGAUGAAGCAGUGAAGGAGGCAGAGUUAGCAGUAUCUGGGAGGGAAGUGACUCCAUUUAUUCUUCAGAGAGUCUUUGAGAUCACAGGAGGACAGAGCCUCAAGUCAAAUAUUGCUCUCAUUCAAAAUAAUGCAAAGGCAGGUGCACAGAUUGCUGUAGAACUUGCCAAGCUUAAAUCAUCAACUUCAAGCUUUUUACCACCAAGGGACUCUCUCACAAACAAAUCUGGAACUUCGGAGCAAGGAAGACCUGUGGUGGUCGGCGGCAGCAUAGUUGACUUCAUUGCCACAGUGGAGGAACCAGAGAUUAAGUUCUCCGGCAUGACGCACCGCGGCAACAUCCGGCAGAGCUACGGCGGCGUCGGCAGGAACCUCGGAGACGCCCUCGCCCGCCUCGGUUGCCGCCCGUUGCUCAUCUCGGCCGUGGGCGACGACACGCACGCCCGCGCACUCACCGCCCACAACCCGAAGCUGGAACUCGGAGGGCUGGCGCGCGUGAGCGGCGCGAGCACCGCCGUCUACUGCGUGGUGCUCGACCGGGCCGGCGAGGCGCUCUUCGGCGUCGGGGACAUGACCGUGCACGACCGAGUCACGCCGACACACGUGAGUCAGUUUGAGGACGAGAUCCGCUGCUCCCCGCUGGUGAUCCUUGAUGGCAACAUGCCCCUCAGCACCAUAGGAUACGUCCUCGAUCUGUGCAGCUCCUGCGGCGUCCCCGUGUGGUAUGAACCAACUGACAUCCAGAAGGCCAGCAAACCAUGGCGGGCUGGCAAAGGUGACAAGGUUUCCUUUUCAUCACCAAACUUGAAUGAAUUGCGGUCCAUUUGCAAACACCUUAGUUUAGGUGAACUGCCUCCUCACGACCAUGUCACUAAAGGGGAAGAGUUGACUGACCUAUUGGGGGCUAUAUUACGCACAGCUACCCCACUCUUGGACACCAUGUCAGCACUCAUGGUAACACUGGGCCCACAGGGCUUCAUGAUUUUACGCAAGGCAUCACCCGAGAAGAGCAACGACCCACUCCUCCUUCUGCCUCCUGCCCCUCCUUCCUCAGAUGGCGUUAUUGGUCUACACUUCCCCGGUCUGAAGAACCCCAAGAUUGUCUCUGUAUCUGGAGCUGGUGAUUGUUUGGCAGCAGGGUUCAUUGCCGGCAUGCUUCAAGGGAAGGCACUAAGUGAGUGCAGUGCCUUAGGAUUACAUGCUGCAUCCCUUUCACUAGCAGCUUCUCCUGCAGUUCCAGACACACUCUGCACAUCAGUUCUUCCUUGGGGACAGCAUCAAGCAUACAAAAUUGUUUUAUAGUUAUGCUUGGAGUAACUUUAUUACUUUUUCAGUCUCUUUCAAUGGUUUAAGUAUGCUCUUAUGGAAAAAUAUGUUUUUACUCUUCUAAUAAUAUGAAUUUGAUACACCACCAAAUGUGCUGAAUCUCAAUGGCACUCUAUCUGAGGUUUUGUCCAUUCUUUGGAUGGAUAGUGGUAACCUUGACAUCAAACUUUUAUUGAAGAAUCCAAUUCAUACACUUUUACUGCACAGGCGACAGCAAAGCCAGCUACCUAUUUUGCUGAAAAGUAUGAUGGUAAAUGUCUAAUGAAACCUCUACUCCCCCAAAAUAGUAAACACUGCGGGAGUCGAAUAUGGUAUUCUUGUAGAAAUAGUUUUGUCAUAAAGCAGAUAAACUAAAUAAAGAAUAAUAAACUGAA